GUGUUCACCAUGUUCACGCAUGACCUUGGACUUCGAAAAUGUUCGGGAGUCAUGCUAAACAUAGUAGUGGCAUGGAUAAACAUAUAAUCAGUACAAUGGUACGUGGUGCUGCAUUUUUCAGAUAUCACCAUUACGGGUCUGUUUAAUACUGAUUGGAUGAAAUGUUAAGCGUAGUUUUUGGGCCACUUCCAACUUUUAUGAGCAGUAUUUCGGGGCCUAACUUAUCCAGAGAAAUGAAUGCGCCGCACCAUGUUCAGCAAGGUGCACAUAGUUUGGAUGGCCUUCAUAUCAGUAUUUCCAUAACGUAGAACUACUGUCUGUUAAUAAAAGUGGAAUGUAAUAAUGGUAAGAAGGGAAAAUUACAAAUCCUCAUUCAUCUAACAAUCAUUUUAUUCCUCUCAAUUCAAAUUCUAUAAUUAAUGUCUUCCAAUCAAGUUUUAAUCAAUAAAUCCAAAGAAAUCAUUGAAGCAUCAAAGCUUAAACUUCAUGAAGCUGAGAUUUCAGAUUCUUUGUGGAAUGAACAAAUUCAAAUGUAUAUUAAUACUUGUGUAUACAUUAAAAAUACUCUAAAUAGUGAACAGUUAAUUCAUGACAAUCAAUCACUUUCAGCACAUAUUUUUGUAUUUUUAGGUGGUAUUCUUGGUAAUUUUUACACAACUUCGAAACUCCAUUGUAAUAAUCAACUUAUUUUGCUUACUAAAGAUAUUUUCAACAUAUAUUUAAAAAUAUUUAAUGUAAAAACAAUUAGACAGCUAUUAUUGAUCAAAGUUAAUCCAUUGUCAAAAUUCAAUUCUUCGCCUAUUUUAGCGUCGGAAAUUUUAAAAUUAUCACUUAUUUAUUUAACGAAAAAUUGUGAGAAACCAAUUAGUAAUGAUGAUGAGAAUUCUUCUUUAACUCAUUAUCCAUUGAUACGUGAUACAAUUGUAUGGUUAACUAUGGAACUUGAUUAUCCUGAAAUUGCUGAACAUGAAUUUAUUUCUGUUUUACAACCAUUUGGUUUAAGACUAACAGAGGAUUAUCGUUCAUCUAUACAACUAGCUGGUCUUAAUGUUUUACAUAAUUUAGCAAAUAAAGCUAGAAUUGCUGAUUGGCGUCAAAGUAAUCGAGCUGAAGCAGUUAUUUCACAAUUAUUAAAUCAUAGAAUUGCUUGUGAUUCAAAUUCACCGGAAAUUUUACUCCAUGAACUUUAUUCAACUUUACUAGUUUUAACUAGUUUAUUAAGUAAUACAAAUUCAGUUCAUUGGUAUGAAAAAAUAACUGAACGACUCUUAUUUGAUCUUUUAAUGGAAACACGACAUAAACGUCGAUUGGUACUACUUAGACACUUGUUGAAGUUGAUCGAUAUUUUAAAGGCAUCUUUCGCAUUAUUUACUCAACAAUUCAUAAAAGUCACUUCAAGUAUUCUCCUUGGUCCACGAAAGUCAACUCAUAGUAGUGUCUCAGUCACUACUAAGGAGUCAAACGAAUGUAACACCGUGUAUGUGCUUGUGUUACAAUGCGUCAAAGAAUUUGUGAAAUCAUGUUGGCCACUGGUUUGUCCUACAUUAUUAUCAGAUAUUAUUCCUCCGUUGAUCGCAUUUAUUGAUCUUUUAUCUUGGGAUGGUAAAGUUGACGUGGAACAGGAAAAUGAGACAUGUUCUCUUUUGAAAAGCAUAUUUGAAUCUUUUGUAAUUUUGGAACCGUGUCUUUUAAAUGACGUACUACAGCCUUUAUGUGAUACAGUUCCUCAUCUGAAGUUGUAUCUUCCUUCUUAAAUAAAUAUUUUUUUUAUAGUUUGCGUGCAUAUGUAUAUACCUAUUUAUUGUAGCGAAAUUGUAUAUAUUGUAUUCUGUUUAUUUAUUCAAAUAUAAAAGCUGGGUACAGUUGAACACUAA